GAACAUGUAGUCCGUUAUGAGAAUAACGGCUAUUAUCCGUUUUUUUUUUCUUUCCGUUCUUUUCUUCCUCAUCCCCGUUUCUACUUUGGGAUACUCGGGAGGGGGGGAAAAAAAAAAAGCGCGCUGUAACCUGUCGCGGAGGCCUCCCGAUUCGCGGGCUCCUCUGCGGAUGUGAACAGCCGGGUGGGGUUGUGGGGAGAGAAGCGGUCAGGCGGCUUCAAGGCCGCCUCUCUUUUGGGGUCCUUCUCCUCUGGGCUGAGAGGUGGCCGCGAGGGGGCCCUGAGAGCGCGUGGGGAAAGGCGCGCGCUUCGCUGGGCUGCAGCCGGGCACCCGCGGCGGAUUAAGCGGGUCGUUCCGUCAGUGGGUCACUCGGAGUCGCUCCCAGCUCGGCCCAGACAUGUCCUACUGCAGGCAAGAAGGUACCGGGGUCGCGGGAGGAAGGGGCGGUGGUCACGGAAAGGACAGAAUUAUAUUUGUGACCAAAGAAGACCAUGAAACUCCAAGCAAUGCUGAAUUGGUGGCAGAUGAUCCCAAUGAUCCUUAUGAAGAUCAUGGUUUGAUAUUGCCUAAUGGAGAUAUCAACUGGAACUGCCCAUGCCUUGGUGGAAUGGCUAGUGGUCCUUGUGGGGAACAAUUCAAGUCAGCAUUUUCCUGUUUUCAUUAUAGCAAGGAAGAAAUUAAGGGAUCAGAUUGUGUGGACCAGUUUCGUGCAAUGCAAGAAUGUAUGCAGAAAUACCCAGAUCUUUAUCCUCAAGAAAAUGAUGAUGAUGAUGAAGAUGAAGAAGAUAAUCAAAGCAAAGAUUUGGAAACUACUCCUUCAGCUGGCAAAGAAAAGGAUGGGUCUAGCUAAUGAAUGAGCAUGGAGGCUGUGGUCUCCUUUCCAUAUUCAGAGACAUUUAGACAGGGCAGAGUAUCUUCUCUCCUUUCUUUCUUUCCACCCCAUUGAUCCCGCAAGGAAUGCACUUCUGUACACUGUAUCAUGUAAAACUCACUUACUGUGAAGAAGCUUCAGCCCUAUGGUUUUAACAAAGAAAUGUUGCAGUAGAGUCAGUAUAGAAGAAAUGUAGACGCCACCAGUGCUUUAUCACUUUUCUUCUCCAGUUAUGUUCAGUCUAUAGGUUGGCUUGAAGAACAGUAAUGGUUAAUGCUCUUUUAGGAAAGCAAGAACACCGGAUCAGCAAAAUGUCAGUUGUUAGCUAUCUUCAAGAUUUUAUAUGAUUAAAAUUAAUACAGAUUUCUCAGAACUACCAGAAAGAUUCAGAAAUCUGGGUAAAAUGUUCGGUUAGUCAGUUAUGUGCUUGAUGGCACAGGAAGUUUGCAUGUAUAAUUAAUUUCUAAUAAUAGAAAAUUAAUGUUAAUAUAUUGAUUUUCUAUUUUAAAAUAAAGGUUGAUCAGGCCUAGCCGUAACUGAGCAGUCAGAGAAAAACAUUGGUCACUGUGUUCCUUAAUGUUCCUUAUAAUCCCUGUUUUGAGGGGUUUCUUUUGUUUCCUCUUCCAGCAGGUUGCUGGCCCUAAUAGGACAAUUGCAAUGUUACCUGGGGUAACAAGCCUCUGCAUAGGUAUUGUGAUUUGACUGUAUAUUAAAAGUGAAUUCCUUUUACCGUUACACAA